CGUUAUCGACCAGUAAUCGACUUUGAAAUUCACUUUCAACCGCUGCCCCGGCAACCAGUGGGCUCCAAAACAAAGAACCAUGCGCUUUCGCCCCCCAAUUCUCGAUUCCCGCCCCAAGCAGUUGGCUAUUUUCCGGCAGACUUUCACUUAGGAUCAGGCAGCAAAUGUCCCACAAGAGAUUCUACGUAAAGUUAGAUCUGCAGCUCCAUGCGCUCACUUGUCCCGGUGUUUGGCUUUGUUCACACGGAUAUUUGGAGGCCACCAUCAAGACCUUGGGCUACUACUUUCGAACUGGACCCAUGGAGCCUCGCUUUCCGAUGCUGUGCCACGAUCAGUUCACGAUGGAGGGAUACUUCAAGAGCGUGGGCUGCCUGGAGGAGAUGCACGAGCUACUGAAAGCUGAACAGCUGGAGAUAACCGUCUGGCAGAAUGGCCGAAGGUUGGCCUACUUCGUGGGCAGUCUUUCGGAUGUGAUGCAACCCACUUUUCCGCGCCUGAGCUGUGCCCACAGCUCCAAUGUUCAGCUGUUGAUGAAGGCGACGCCUGCUUUUCCGGGUAUCCUGGCGCCCAAGGUGGAGCUAUCUGCGCAGUUGACCACGCAGGAUCGGAAAAAGGUGUGCAGCUGCUCCAGUUCCAGGGAGUACUCUGCUCCUCCUGUCAAUCGCCACGUUGAGAGCCGUUGCCUGGGCCAUUUGGAUCAGCCUCGAAAGCAGCAAACCGUGUGUCAUGGGAGGCAAUCCAAUUGUUGUCCAAGUGGCAGUUACGCCGCUUGGAGAGCUGGCUCUCCUGCCCAACAGAAACAGCAGGAACGGCGAUUGUCCUCCUGCUCCAGCACAACGCAAUUAAGUAGCCUUAGCCAGAGUUCCUCGCUGACGCAGUGCAGCCACUUGUCCAGCUGUAGUUCUCCUUUGGAUGAGCAUCACAACAGCUGCGAUAUAUGCCAGGCCUACAGGCGCAUGUUUCCUUCUUACUGAAUAAAUUAGCAAAAUUAUUUGUGUCUUAUGUUUU